AUGACCGCAAACGUUGGAAUUAAUGGAUUUGGAAGAAUCGGUAGACUGGUGUUGAGAAUCGCCCUUAGCAGAAAGGACGUCAACGUCAUUGCUAUCAAUGAUCCGUUCAUUGCUCCUGAUUACGCCGCUUACAUGUUCAAGUACGACUCUACCCACGGAAAGUUCGAUGGUACUGUCACCCACGAGGGCAAGUACUUGAUCAUCAACGGCAAGAAGAUCGAGGUCUUCCAAGAGAGAGACCCAGCCAACAUCCCAUGGGGUAAGGAAGGCGUCGACUACGUCCUCGACUCCACUGGAGUUUUCACCACCCUUGAGGGUGCUCAAAAGCACAUCGAUGCUGGUGCCAAGAAGGUCAUCAUCACCGCUCCAUCUAAGGACGCUCCAAUGUUCGUUGUGGGUGUGAACCACGAGGAGUACACUCCAGACAUCAAGAUCCUGUCCAACGCUUCUUGUACCACCAACUGUCUGGCUCCAUUGGCCAAGGUUAUCAAUGACACCUACGGAAUUGAGGAGGGUUUGAUGACCACCAUCCACUCCAUCACCGCUACUCAAAAGACUGUUGACGGUCCAUCCCACAAGGACUGGAGAGGAGGUAGAACUGCUUCCGGCAACAUCAUCCCAUCCUCCACCGGUGCUGCCAAGGCUGUUGGAAAGGUCCUUCCAGCAUUGGCCGGUAAGCUCACUGGUAUGUCCAUGAGAGUCCCAACCACCGAUGUUUCUGUUGUUGACUUGACUGUCAACCUCAAGAAGCCAACCACUUACGAGGACAUUUGUGCCACCAUGAAGAAGGCUGCCGAGGGCCCAUUGGCUGGAAUUCUUGGCUACACCGACGAGGCUGUUGUUUCCUCAGACUUCGUGACCGACAGCAGAUCUUCUGUUUUCGACGCCAAGGCCGGUAUCCUGCUGACCCCAACCUUCGUCAAGCUUGUCUCCUGGUACGACAAUGAGUACGGCUACUCUACCAGAGUUGUUGACUUGCUCGAGCACGUUGCCAAGGUUUCUGCUUAA